ACAAGGUGUAUUAUGGGCAAUGUGGAAGUGGCGGUACGUAAACAAAUUUUUUCCGCCUCGAAGUCCACGGGUGUCCAAGAUUUCUGAUUCAAGAUGGCUGACGAUUCGCUGAAUUCCUCUGUGCGUGAGCCGCUUACUAUCGAAACCACUACCUGUAGGCCAACAUGCAGACGUCCACUCAACGGCACCAAGAUAAAAUUCACAUUUGUUAGUUUGGUUUUUCAGUUUAGUCUUAUUGUACUGUUUAUGGUGCUAGUCGACUAUGGUGAACAAUCCCUCCCAUCUCCAGUCGACCAGCGCCCGAUGGCUAAAAGCGACAAAAGUGCAGGAAACAGAGACGAAAACGAACGGGCCUUCAAUGACAUAUCGAUCUAUUAUCCAAGUAAGUGUCUCAGAUCAUGUCAGGCAGUGUUUUUAUUUCGAGUAUGUUUCGGUGCUAAAGACCCUGACUCCAUUUACCCUGGCUCCGACCAGAGCUCCGUUCUCAAAAUACCUAGGAUCGGAUAGUCCUUGCUCUAAAACGUUUUCGCUGCUUGCGACCCAUCAGAAAUUAGGAAAGAAUAGAAAACCUCCGCCACGAGGGUAAGCUGAAAACCUCUAGCUGUUAUUCAGUUAUAUUGUU